AUGUCGCGAUUGUGGGCGGCACCAGCGCAGGCUGGAUUCGAGUCCCGCCGGCGGUGCGGACGAGAUGAGUCGAGACUGCGUGCUCGAAUCUGCAGUCGAGUCGCGGCUCUGACCCCAUCCUUCGGCAAGGUUGGCCUGAUUGGCUCGUUUAUUUGGGUUUCUUCUUUCCCAAAUGACCUCUUCAGCCACGCCGACCCUCGAAGGCCUGGCAGGAGGGUGCGACUCGGCCGAGCGUGUACGUGA